AUGCAACCUUCUGCAGCAAAUGUGACUAAUGUGCUUUUUUUUUUCCACUGCUCCUUUAAGCAAAGCAAAUCGGCUGCGAGAUUGAAGGAGGACAUGAAAAAGAUCGCCGCGCUUCCACUGAACAAGCAAAGGGAUACGACCUGUCCAAAGGUGUUUGGUGUGAGUCUUCUGGAGCUCCAGCAGCAGGGACUGAGCAAGAACGGCAUCCCCAUAGUCGUGUGGAAUAUAGUCGAGUACCUCACGCAGCAUGGUAUGACGCAGGAAGGCCUCUUCAGGGUGAACGGCAGCAUGAAAAUGGUGGAACAGUUGCGUCUGCAGUACGAGCGUGGAGAAGAGGUGGAACUUGUUAAAGAUGGGGAUGUGUACUCAGCAGCCAGUCUGUUGAAAUUGUUUUUGAGAGAGUUGCCAGAUGGGAUUAUCACCUCUGCCUUACAUCCCAGGUUCAUUCAGCUUUACCAGGACACUAGAAAUGACAUGCAGAAGGAAAGUAACUUGAAAGAGCUCCUUCAGGAACUGCCUGAUGCUCACUACUGCCUGCUGAAGUAUCUGUGCCAGUUCCUGAUAAAAGUUGCUGAGCAUCAUGUGGAGAACAGGAUGAACCUUUGCAAUCUCGCCACUGUAUUUGGACCAAACUGCUUUCAUGUGCCCUCUGGAUUUGAAGGUAUAAAAGAACAGGAGAUCUGCAACAAGAUAAUGACCAAAAUGCUGGAAAAUUACAAUACCUUGUUUGAAUUGGAAGGUUUGAAGAAGGAUGAAGAAAAACCUGUAUGUGAAGAGCUAGCAAGAAUUAUUUUGGUGAAAAUGACAAAGUCCACAAUGGAGGAAUCCAGCCAAACGUGCCUGGUGCCACAACCCAGCCUGUCCGAUGGGAUACCUCAGGUCAGCCUCCGGUUAAAGGACGGUGGUUCGUGUUGGAAGGAAAUGGAUUUAGCAGAUGAACUCUCCUUCAUUAACAGCGAUUCAUUUUUCUCCAGUUUACUGUCCCCAGACCUGCCCCCAAAACUCCUGCAGCCAGAAGACAGCAGGUUCAUGUACAGAUCUUCACGAAUCCAGCUCCUGUUGACUGAGAUGAG